AUCAGGUGAACUAGAGGUAUUACUUAACGAAAAAAUCAUCGACAAUGGAUUUUACACCAUUUAUAACAAAAAAGGCGGACAGACGACAGCCAAGUGUCACUUGGUUGUAUUCAGAAAAAUUUGCGGAACAGAAAAAUGCUCUAAAUCUAGCCAAGGCAAUGCCAGAUCCGUCGACAUUGCCUUUCGUAGAGAUUUCUGUAACAUGUACAGGUGGAAAAGAAAUAAAAUUAAUUGGAAAAGAGCUGGCUUGGUCUCUUCAAUAUGCUCCUUCUCAAGGAUAUUUACCAUUACUGAAGAAAAUACGAGAAUUUCAAGAACAUUGGCACAAGCCGAUAUACAAUGACUGGGAUACAGUUCUUACUUGUGGAUCGAUGGAAGGAUGUAGCAAAGUUUUUGAAAUGGUUUUAGAAAACGGUGAUCCCAUGAUGGCUCAAGUACCGACAUACGAUGGAGUUCUAGGCGUGCUCAUACCUUUAGAACCUGAAUUCAUCGGAAUUGAACAGGAUGAAGAUGGUAUAAUUCCGGCGAACAUAGCGAAAGUUUGUGAGGAAAGGCGACGCAGUGGUAAACCAAUGCCGAAAAUUCUCUACGUGAAUCCUACGGGAGGUAAUCCAACGGGAACGGUUUUAACAGACUCUCGCAAAAGACAAAUUUACGAAUUAGCUGAAACCUACAACUUCUUAAUCCUUGAGGACGAUCCCUACAGUUUCGUUCAUUUUCUGGAUAAAGCACCCGCGACUUUUCUUGAAUUAGAUACCAAGGGACGUGUAAUACGUUUGGAUUCUAUCAGCAAAGUCAUCAGCCCUGGACUUCGUCUAGGUGUUGUCACAGGUCACAAAGAAAUUAUUAAAAGACUAACCGCCCAUAUGGAAACAACAAGUAUUCAUCCUUCUUCUCUAUC